CUGAGGGGCCCUCGGGCAGCUCGGCCCCGAGCACGGCCCGCCGCAGCCCCCGGGGGCGGGGGGUGAAAGGCCUGACGGCACGGGAAGGCCUGCCCCGGCCUCUUUCAGGCGUCCAGGGCACCUGCCUUUCCUGCCCUGCUGAAACGGGGCCUCGCGUUUCAAGAGGAAGAAUGGUGCGUCCCCUGAUUAAGUCACCCUCAGAAGUCUCUUCCCUAGGAGCCCAGAACGUGUCUUCAGAUUUACCACAUCACUCCCCACAGAUGCAGUCGGUGCCUCCUUGUUCACAGAAGCGAUCCCCCACUUGCGGCAAACGGCUGCCUUUCCUGACAGAGGGAGCAGGCUGUCCCACCAUUACCAUUCACUUGGGAAUCUACUGCUCUUGAAGAAAUUCAUCCUCUAAGAGAAGAAGUACUGGAUUUGUUAAACUUCCAGGACUGUGGCAAAGCCUACAAGUAAUAUAUCUGGAAAGAAAAGGAUGGCUCUUGUGACCGCAUUGAUUUGUGAGACUUCCCAUCACCGCCUGCUGCUUUGGCGAGGCCGUUCCAGCCUCCUCCGUGGCACCGGACUCCUCCGUUAGCUUCCACUGCUACGUUUACCGCGAACACAGGCGGGAUGUCAGCAGAAAACAACAAAAAAAAAAACCCAAAACCGGAAAACCGGGGCCGCGGAAGGCAGCACAUCACCUCUUGGUCCCUUACGGCCGCGAGUUUUACCGUCAGAACGGCGCUUCGUAAAACGUGACGUUUCAUAAAAUGCGUAUGGCUACGGAAAGCUGAGCUGAGGGAUGGUACGAACAAGGAAAGCAGCCCCGCCGCAAGCGGGGGCCGAGGCCCAGGCCAGAGCCGAGCGGCCCAGGCCCGGUGCCGCAGGCCCGGUGCCGCAGCCGCCCCCCCGGGGCUCGCCCGCCGCCCUACCUCAUCCAGGUCCUUCGACUGCUUCUUCGGCUGCUUCAGCGGCUUCUUCUUGCCGCCUGCAAAGACAGAGGAGACAAAUUGUUAGUACCUGUGACAUGGUACACCAAACUCAAAUGUGAAAGCACAAGGCAAAAUUUCAUAUGGCAAUCACUUCUAUGCUGAAGCAUUAAACUACUCUGAAGCUACUCCUGCUGGUACUGGAUCUAUUAAUGCAGUGAGUGAAUUAGUAAUCAAGAAGCAUGGUGGGAGUACUUACUAACAGCAGAAAAGCAGGAAUCUGUGGCAGAACUGCCCUUUGUUGAAAAUUGUGGAAAGUUCUCUAGCACUUUUAUUCAGUGAUUAAAUUCAAGACAUGGGGCCAAUGAAAUAUAAGUCAAGUGUGUCCUCGGUGUCCUGUGGUCUGCAAUAUCACCAUUUGUUGAUAAAGUGGAGUCCAAAAAUGAAUUUACACAUAGUGCGGACUUACUGCUCAUCAGCACCUAAAAGGCCUGAAGCCAAGUCUGCGAUAGAAAUGGCCAUGAGUCUUCUUAAUCGGCUGACAGAAGCUGGGACCAUUAUGGGAAAAAACUCCCUUCAAAAAAUGUCUGCAACAUGCAAGAGUUGGUGGGACAGAUAUGAAGAGUUUGUUGGAAUUAAUGAAGUUCGAGAGGCUCAGGGAAAAGUGACAGAGGCUGAAAGUGUCUUUAUGAUAGCUCGAGGGAUAGUACGAGAAGCUCGUGAAAAUGUGGAAGCCCAACAGAUUAAACUGAAGGAAAUUCGGGACCGCUUAGACAGGGUCUCUCGGGAUGACACCCAGUAUUUAGAACUGGCUACUCUGGAACACAGGCUGCUGCAGGAAGAGAAGAGGUACCGAGCUGCGUAUUUAAAUGCAGAAGAAUCUGAGAGAGAAAAAUUCUCUCUCUUCUCUGCAGCUGUAAGGGAAAGCCAUGAGAAAGAGCGAACAAGAGCUGAAAAAACAAAGAACUGGUCUAUUAUUGGUUCUGUACUAGGAGCCAUUAUAGGUGUUCUUGGUUCUACCUAUGUUAAUCGUGUAAGGCUGCAAGAAUUAAAAGUCUUGGUGCUUGAAGCACAGAAGGGCCCAAUAAAUCUGCAAGAAGCCAUCAAAGAACAGGCCUCCAGUCAUUACUUACAGCAGAAGGAUCUCAGUGACGUCAUAGCCGACCUGAAAAACGUGCUGCAAACAAGGACAUCACAGGAAAUGAAAGAAGGCACUUUGUUAACUAGAGAAGACAGGAAUAACUCCAUAAAAAUAGAUUCUCUCUUAAUUCCUUUAAACGAACAGCUAAACUACACUAAACAAGUCAGUUCAUGUCUAGGGAGUUUACAACAGCAGUUUAACAGUUUGCAGGAAAGUAUAACGCAAAUGAUUUCUGAAAUGCAGAGUGUUAAACUUGCGGUUCAUUCUAGACCUACAGAAAGAGUGAUGCCAAGGUCUUCAGUGGAGGGUAAGGGCCAGGCUUCUGCCGUGAGAGAUGUGAUUUUAGAAUUGUGUGAUACCGAGCGGAGACUGGAAACACAAAUCAAGAGGAAUUCUAUUUACAGCACUGCAGUGACAUGCGCUGUGUUUGCUAUUACUCUGCCCGUACUCUAUAUUAUACUUAAAGGGAACUGAUCUCUAAUUAAUUGCCACAAUUUACUAGAUGAAUAAAAGUAAACUUGCACUCUAAGUACUUAAGAGUACAAGUCCAAAUAAAGUUAUGUUAGCAUUUCUCGUUA